UUCGAUGGACGCUCACGCUUCGGUUUUGGGUCUCGCUGUUGAUGAUCAGUUCCGGACGAUGGAUUGGAAUGGAUGCGAGUCGAGUGACUAUGACCCAAUCCGGUUACAAUAACUUGGUGGUGGCCAUCAGUUCGAAAACGCCCGCGAGUCAAUCGACAAUUAUCAUCGACAACAUUAAGACUUGCGUUAGAAAAUGAUAUCGGAAGCUUCUCCGGUGCUCUACGUGGCGACCGAGAAUCGAGCUUACUUCCAAAGUGUCCACAUUUUAAUUCCAGCCGAAUGGGACCACGACAAGGCUAGUCCCAGCACUUGGGAAACGUUCAACACGGCUGACGUCAUCGUGGACACACCCAAUCCCAUGCGCAAAGAUCUGCCCUACACGGAACACAACGGCAAAUGCGGCGAAACUGGUCAGAGAAUUCACUUCACUCCGGACUACGUGGCCACUCUCUCGGAAGGCAAGAACAAUAUUCAAUACGGAGACCCAGGCAAAGUCUUCGUUCACGAAUGGGCCCAUUAUCGCUACGGCAUUUUCGACGAGUAUGGAAUGGCUGGCGGAAAGUAUCCGCUCUUCUACCGCCAAUCGGGCUCUUCCUUAAUCGAGCCCAACAUCUGCGCUAAUUACCCGACCAUGUUCAGCGAGUAUGACAUUAGAACCAACACUGCACCCUGUCAGCCCGAUCCGGCCACAAACCUUUACGACGACAAUUGUCGAUUUAAGUUGGACCGAGAUUUUUUGCCGGAAACUUCGCUGGCUUCCUAUCACCAAAUUAAAUCAGUGGUUCAUUUUUGCAAGGACGACCAAGCGCAUCCGCACAGGAUGGGCACUCAAAACGAGCACAAUGACAAGUGCAACGGGGAGAGCACCUGGACGGUCAUCAUGCGGAGCCCCGACUUUGCGGAUGUAAAAAAGGAUAAAAAUACUCCACUCAAUCCACUGCUGCCGACGGUAUUCCGGAUCGUCAAAGGGACCGUUUCGCGUUUCGUUGUCGUCAUGGACGUUUCCGGCAGCAUGAAAGAAUACAACCGGAUUGGAAAAUUGGACGAGUCCGUCCGCGCCUGGAUCAAAACUGAUUUCCCAAGCGGAAAUCAAUUGGGAAUGGUCCAGUUCAGUUCGAAUGCUGAAAUUUUAAGUGACCUGCGAAUGAUUGCAGACGAGAAAUCACGCGAAGAAAUGAUGGCAAAAGUGCCCAAAGAGGUUUUCGUGGCCACUUGCAUUGGGUGUGGCCUCCAACUGGCGAUGCAGAUGCUAAAGGAUGGUGGGAUUAUCGUCUUGGUAACGGACGGCAAAAAUUCACCCGGUUAUCACGACAUUUCUGACGUGAAGAAGGACAUCGUCGAUGCCAAGAUCCGCGUCAUCACCAUCGCCUAUGGGAGUGAGGCGGACAAGAAUGUCGAGCAUUUGGCUGACGUCACUGGCGGUAAAAGUUAUUUCAUCAAGGACGAUGACAGCAGUGAAGCCCUACAACAGGCAUUUGUGGGCGCUUCGACCUACCAGUUGACCGUGAAAAACGAGGACUUGAUAUUCAAAUUGUUCGAAAAAGAAUUGACGGCCAGUGGUGAUCAAACGGAUUUGACGGAUGAAUUCGUUGUCGACGACACAGUCGGACGAAAUUUAAAAUUGAGCGUAUUCAACUUGGAUGAUGAAAUGAGUGUCGAAUCUGUCGAGCUAACUGGACCUGAUGGCGACGUCGUGAACAAUUUCGUUUUCGACACGACCACCGCUACACUCACUGUCGAAUUGGCGAAGAUCGGGCAGUGGUCCCUGAAAGUGAGCUUGAAAAGUUCCCAGUCUAAACCGGUUCUAGUCACCGUGACGACUCGGUUGCGCCCGGAUGUUACAACGCCCAUCAAAACUGAAUGCGUUAUUCCAAGUGGAAGUGAUAUAAGAGACGCAAAUGAGAAGAAGAUUAUUAUUCAGGCCAAGGUUUUGAAAGGAACUCAUCCAGUCACGGGAGCAUCAGUCAAAGCUUUUGUGGUGAAACCCAACGGUGACACGGCGAUCUUGGACUUGCUGGACAACGGCAGCGAUGCGGAUGGCACGGAAGACGAUGGCGUUUAUUCCAAAUAUUUUGCCUAUCCCAAUCAACAGGGACGGUACACAGUCAAGUGCCAAGUGAACAGCAAUCACAAGUCAUUCGAGAUUCUGGGCUUUAUCGGCUCGGCCAGUCCUCAACUCUUCGAUCCUCAAAUUGAUGAGACGAUCAUUGGAGAAGUCGAAAGAAUUCCAAUGGCAGAUUUUACCCGAAUCGCUUCAGCUGGCUCGUUUCAGGUGGGUAUCCCAGUCUCCAGUGAUGACUCCUACCCUCCAGCUAAAGUCACCGAUCUGUCGGUUAUGGUCGUCAACGACACCACCAAAAAUAUUUCAAUCGCAUUGAAAUGGACCGCUCCAGGGGAUGAUCUCGAUUCCGGCACAGUUUCUUACUACGAACUCAAGUAUUCCGAUGUCGUCACUGAUGUCAUGAACUCCAACUUUAACAACGAAUCUGCCAUUCGGGGGAAUCGAUCCAUCAUCACGGAAGAGGAUCUCGUCGCCGGUUCGCUCCAGCCGAGCCAGGCCGGCGUCCAGCAAACGGCCACAUUUCAGCUGACGGACGUCCAGCGGGAGAGACCCUAUUACUUGUCUCUGCGGGCCGUGGACAAGGCGGACAAAGCCGGCCAAGUGUCCAACUUGGUCGUUUUCUUCAUCCCGGACAAAACGUUGGUAGUUUCAACGAGGAAUACCGAAGACGACAGUUGGGAAGAAGCGAAUCCUGAAGACGACAGUAAUUCGGGAGAAGCGGUUGAUCCCGAAAUUAACAUUCACAUCAAUUCUAAUGAGCCGAGUUAUCGUCUAGGUGCGUUAUUAAUUGCAGCGACCAGUCUGAUUUUGAUCGUUUGCUUGUGCGUGGCUUUGCUGAUGGUCGUCGUCAAACACACGCAGGUGUACCGUUACGACGGCAUUCCUGCCUAGUUCAAUUCACAAAUUGUUUUUCUCCACCGCGGAUCUACAUUUACUACAUACUGUAUUUGUCUUUAAAUCAUCCGUUUUGCUUUUUGAUACAUAGUUUUUUUUUACUUUACACACAAUUUCUUUUGGAUUAAAUAUUUUUCACUGAAUUUCACAUGAAGAAAUUAUCUUAUAGCGAAACUAGUCUUUUC